CGCGACGUAGUCAUAUUAGAAAAAAACCAGAAGAAUCCUUAGAACGCCGGUACACAAAUGAUUAAUCCUUUAAUCGAUACCCAAUCAAACUACCAGGUAUGUCAAUUAGUUGCUUUUUUUCCCCGAUUGGCAAUUAGACACAUUCAGCUGUGGGCGUAUACAGCGAUCAUCUCCACGCAGGGGCGAAUUGCCAAUAUAGUUCCUGCCUUCGCAGCGUUCUGACUCAGUUCCACAUACAGAGUGUUUGUUUGCGGAGUGGCACAGGCACAGGCACGAUGGUGGCGAUUUAUUUCGUUUGCGUUCUGAUAACCGCAGAUAUUGUUGCUGGCUCGGGUUGGAGAUAUCAGGAUGAAGGUCAUUGGGCUGAAUUGUGCCAGACUGGAUUAAAGCAGAGUCCCAUAGCCCUCUCAAAAUCGAUAGCAGAAGGAGCUGAUUUUUCUCCAUUUAGUUUAUUUGGUUACGGAAGAGAAGCAGCCAUUUUAGUAAAAAAUAACGGCCAUUCAGCGGAAGUUCGGCUGAAAGUACGUGAUCCAAUACCAGAAAUAAGUGGAGGGGGGCUGCCAGAUGUUUUUCAAUUGGACCAUCUUCACUUUCAUUGGAAAUCGGAACAUACUAUCGAUCGCUACAGAUUUCCUUUGGAAUUGCAUCUUGUUCACUAUGCUAAAAGGUGGGGUAAUUUUCAAGAAGGAGAAAAGCAUCCUGGUGGGAUAGCUGUGUUUGCUGUUUUAUUUGAUUUAUCACCAGACAGUGUGGAAGAUUUCGAUCCUCUUCUAAAUAAAAUAACAACAUUGGAGACUAAGUUAAACGUACCCGAUGAAAUCGAUGGAUUUGUGAUUAAGAACUAUCUACCCAGAGACUUGGCAGGUUAUUACAGAUAUGAUGGUUCUCUGACAACUCCAAAUUGCACUGAAGGCAUUAUCUGGACUGUGUUUACCAAUACCAUUCCAAUUUCAAAGGAACAGGUGGAAGUAUUUGAAAAAAUGCAUACCGAUGACGAUUCAGUUCUCAAAGAAACCUUUCGAUCUCUACAAGCGUUAAAUGAUAGGACAGUACUGCACAAAGUAAGUCCAGUGAGAAAUAUGCCGGACAGUGCAGUAACUACAAGCAUAUCAGCAGUGACAUUAUUAUUGGUUUCUUUAAUUAUAUGUUUAAACCUUUAAAAUUUAUGUUAUUCAUAUUGAAUACAAGUUAAAGACAUAUGAAAUUUACGGCUCUCCAUAUGUAGGACCUAAAUUUUUAUAGUAAUUACUAUUUAAAUGGAAAUAAGCCACAAUUAAAGGUUAAAGUAAGUUUAUUGACGUUUCAGUUUCCACUUCGGAAAUCGUUCAAAAGAUGUCAAUUUUAAAAUAAACGCU